AGGUCUAAACUGACAGGUGUAGCUGCCCAAAGCUGGGUUAAACAUUAAUGUAGCUGUCACCACAGCCCAGAGCAGCAAGCCUGCGUGGUGUUCCUCCACUAAGCAGUGAUAAGCAGACAUGGCUCAGUUUGCACAGGUCAUGGCUGAAGUGGGCGAUUUUGGUCGCUUUCAGGUGCGGGUGACCAUCCUGAUGGGCAUCCCCAAUUUCCUGUCUGCAUUCUUCGUGUUUAGCCAGGUCUUCAUGGUCCUUGAUGAAGCUCACCACUGUUCAGUGUCCUGGGUUAAGAACCACACUUUUCAACCUAAGUGCUUGGAGCAGCUGGCUGUCAGCAUACCCAAUGACACGGCAGGCAGGCCCAGUCCUGCCUCAUGUCGGCCACCUCCUGACGGUGCCAGCCUGGAAGACAUCCUGAGCCACCGCUUCAAUGAGACACAGGCCUGUGACUCGGGCUGGGACUAUCCUGAGAACAGGCCUCCAUCCCUAAAGAACGAGUUUGACCUGGUGUGUGAGCGGGAGAACCUGAAGAGGACCUCGCAGUCGGUGUUCAUGGCGGGACUCCUAGUGGGGGCCCUAGUCUUUGGGCCUGUCUGUGACUGGAUUGGCCGAAGAGCUAGCAUUCUGCUGCAGGUGCUUCUGUCCGGCAUCACAGGAGUGGCCACAGCCUUUGUGCCCAGCUUUGAACUCUACAUGGUUCUGUGCUUUUUCUCAGCCAUUGCAGUUGCUGGGUAUAUGAUGAGCACCAUGAUCCUUGUUUCAGAGUGGGUGGGACCAUCCUGGAGAACACGAGCCAUGGUCCUGGCCCAGAGCAACUUUGCCCUUGGGCUGAUGGUGUUAGCAGGACUGGCCUAUGGUGUCCGAAACUGGAGACUCCUUCAGAUAAUAGGCACCACACCCAUCUUCCUGCUUGUCUUCUAUUUCUGGGUUCUGCCAGAAUCUCCACGGUGGCUCCUCUCUCAAGGAAGGACAGAGGAGGCCAAACAGCUGGUCCAGAAGGCAGCCUUGGUGAACGGCCGGCCACUUGCCUCUGAGCUCCUGAACCAGCUGGUCCCUGAGAAGACAGGCCCCUCGGGAAUGCCUUGGAUCUUUUUCAGACACCCUCACCUCAGGAAGGUGACUCUGAUUCUCAUAGCUGUCUGGUUUGUGGACAGCCUGGUGUACUAUGGACUCAGCUUCCAAGUGGGGGACUUUGGUCUGGAUAUCUACCUGACACAGCUAAUAUUUGGAGUAGUGGAAGUACCUGCCCGCUUUCUCAGCAUCCCCAUAAUGGAGAAGCUGGGUCGAAAGUGGAGCCAGCUCUGUACCCUGACCCUUGCUGGUGUCAUGUGUGUCAUCAUCAUCUUCAUCCCAGGAGAUCUUCCCACGGUGGCCACUGCACUGGCUGUGGUGGGGAAGUUUGCCUCGUCUGCUGCCUUCACCAUUUCCUAUGUGUACACUGCUGAGCUCCUCCCCACCAUCAUCAGGCAAACAGGCAUGGGGUUGGUGAGCAUCUUCUCCAGGGUCGGGGGCAUCAUCACACCCCUUGUGAUGCUGCUGGAACAGUACCACCAGGCGAUUCCCAUGCUGAUCUUUGGCAGCCUCCCCAUUGGGGCAGGCCUACUGUGUUCUCUGCUGCCUGAGACAAGAGGCCAGACCCUGAAGGACACCCUCCAGGACCUGGAGCAGGGGCAGCCCCCACGGUGAGCACAGACUUCUUGGCCUCUCCCUAGACCCAGGCCUCCCAGUCACCAUUGGUCCAUUAUUAGUUAAUCCUUGCUUACUGAGCAACAUGGUGCCACAGAUAACUGUAGGUCAUUUUCCUGCUAGAGCUGAUAAAGGCAUUGAUCAUGGGACUGCAUCACUGGCAGCCACUGACUGCUUUUUUUUCCCCUUUUGUAGGUCCUCAGUGACACAGUCCCUUGAAAAGGAAAUGGAGGCCAGUGGAAGAAGCUUUAUCCCAGGAGUUAGCGUUGGUAGUGCUCCUUCUUCUGAUUGUGGUUGUUAAGGACCAGUUCACAUACAGCACCUGAUUACACAGUGGGUGUCAGUGGGCUCUGCUUUGAAGGAGGGACAGGCCCGCUUAUUGUAAUUGGACAGGACCCACCUCCUUGUUUACCUCUUUCUGAUUUACCCCUCUGUCUGACUUCCUGCUCAGUACCAUGACUGCAUUAGGGGCCUCUGUGUGUCUGUGGGUGUGUCAUGGUGAAUGGGAUCCCACUGGAAAGAGUACAUUCAUAGGCGAGCUAUCUCAUCACAAGUGUGAGCAUGGGAAGAGCUAGUACCACUCUCCUCCUUGGUUAGGCCUCUUACACGUCUCAUCAGUCUUCACAUAGCCACGCCCAGGUCCCAUGUCCGCAAUGCAAACCCUUGAGAACACUGUGAAACCAUUUCCAGAGCACACCGAUGCUUUAGCAUCCCCCCUUCACCCUUGGUCACCUCCUCCCCCCCCUCCUCCUCCAAGAGAGCAGCGCUGUCCCUGUCCGCUGGCAUCCAGUCAUGGAUAUGUCCUACUGCUCUCUUCUGAGAUCAUAGACAAGCAUGCUCUUCAGCUUGCUUAUGCUGCAUGU